AUGGAGCCGUUCGACCUACUCAAUAAUGUCUCCUGGUCCUCUAUACCGAGCGAUAUCCUCCGCGCCGAGCUGGCAAGACGGCAGAACGACGAUGGCGUCUCCGAGAAGCCCGCCUGUGGCUCUGGCGACCGUGGCACAUACGAUACACCCUUACAUGUCUUCGCCCUUGUCCUGAUUCUCUCUCUCAGCACACUUGCAUGUGGCUUUCCUCUCUUCUCUCGUCAGACCUCAUCGAAAGGUAGCCGUCGCGCGAAUACUAUCAUCUUCCUCAGUCAACACUUCGGCACCGGAGUCCUUAUCGCAACUGCCUUCGUCCAUCUCCUCCCGACGGCCUUCGUAUCGCUUACGGACCCUUGCCUGCCCGACUUCUUUACCACAGGAUACCAGCCAACGGCUGGCCUUGUUGCCAUGAUAUCCGCCCUCGUCGUGGUGACUCUAGAAUCUUACCUGACAACCAGGGGCGCAGGACACUCUCACUCACAUAACCAUGGCUGGGAAUCGGAAGACGACGAGUCGGAAGAUGGAACCCAACUCAAAUCUCAUAUCAACGGUGGAUUCGCCGCAAAGAGGAUACCGAACCGUCGACCAGCUGAUAUUGCGCUUGACGAUGUGGGCGCAAGUCGCGGGCUUAUGACCGACGUAUCCCCACUUCCGGAAACGACACCUACAAUUGUUACGCCUCACGAGAAUGGCAGGAAGCUUUCCGUCCCCAAUAAGGACACAAAUCACGAUGACGACGAUGACGCAGAUGAUGACCUAGAUCUGAACUUGAACGAGCUCGAUCCCGCUACGAACGAUCACACGCAACCCCUCACCAACACACACCACCCAAGGCGUGCUUCCGAGACCGGCCUGCCGCAAGAACCACUAACACCCGAAGAACAAAAGAGACGAAUGCUACAGUGUAUGCUGCUUGAAGCUGGCAUUUUAUUUCACAGUGUAUUCAUCGGCAUGGCCGUCUCCGUUGCGACAGGCCCUCCUUUCGUCGUUUUCCUAAUCGCGAUUGCAUUCCAUCAGACCUUUGAGGGGCUGGCCCUCGGCUCCCGGAUAGCAGCAGUACAAUUCCCACGCUCCUCGAUCCGCCCAUGGCUUAUGGUGCUGGCUUACGGGAUCACCACCCCCGUCGGGCAAGCUAUUGGACUUGGAGUACACACUCUCUAUGACCCGAAGAGUCAGACCGGGCUUCUGAUGGUCGGCUUUAUGAACGCCGUAUCAAGCGGUCUCCUCCUCUUCGCUGGUCUGGUGCAGCUGCUCGCCGAAGACUUCCUUACUGAGAAGAGCUAUAAGACGUUGAAAGGGAAGAAGAGGAGGAAUGCGGGUCUUGCGGUGUUUGCGGGAGCCACGCUUAUGGCUCUUGUAGGCGCUUUCGCCUAA